CCGAAACCAUCAAGAACUUUCCUCCUUCUCUCUUCUUCCUUCAACUUGCCCAUUUCCCCAUCCAUAUAUAUAUAUAUAUAUAUCUUCUACAAUAAUUUUCCUAUAUUUACAAUUACAGAUAGUACAUCUCAUUUGCAUUAUUUACCAUGAAUAACGAUGCCCCAAGCAUGAUUCAUGAUCCAUUGAUUGAUUCCACAGGAGAUGGAGGCUAUGCAUUGAGUGGCAAAAUUAUGCUAAGUGCUAUUGUUAUCUUAUUCACUGUUGUUGUUUUCAUGGUGGGUCUUCAUCUAUAUGCUCGUUGGUACCUUCUAUCUCAGCGCCGUCGUGAACUCCUUCGCCGCCGUAGGGUUAACCAUAGACGGACUCAUAUUGUUUUCUACGUUGAUAAUCCUGGUUCCGGUUUGUCUGAUGCUAACCGGGGUUUGGAACAGGCGGUUCUCAAUUCCUUGCCGGUUUUUGUUUAUUCCGACAAGACUCACCCGGAACCGCUGGAAUGUGCUGUUUGUUUAUCGGAAUUUGAGGAGAAUGAAAAGGGUCGGGUUUUACCCAAGUGUAAUCACUCUUUUCAUUCCGAAUGUAUUGAUAUGUGGUUUCAUUCCCAUUCUACUUGCCCUCUUUGUCGCUCUCCGGUAGAAGCAGUACUUAUCGAACCGGAUAAUAACCGGGUUGAGGUGGCAGUAACAGUGAACGAACCGGGUUCGAGUUCGGGUUGUGAGGAGAAUGGUAAUCAUCAUUUUAAUAUGACCCCGUUGGGUUGCCGCCGAAAAGGAUUGGAUCUGACCGGAGUAAGAAUAGAGGUACCAAGAAGGAACGAUUUCGAAGCCGAUUUGGAAAUGGGAGUGAGAGUAAGUUCACCGGCGAUUCAAUCGAGGUCACCAGCGUCUCGUUUAAUGUCUUUGAGAAGAAUACUAAGUAUGAACAGAAAAACACCCACCGGAACUAGCCAUUCCCCUAGUGGAAGUUGCGCCGCCGAGUUGGAUAUAGAAACCGGCGGUAGUAGUGGUGGUGGAAAAAUUCAAGUCGGCGGCGAACGCAUCACAACUCCGUGAGUAAAAAAUCCAGGCGCACUCCUAGGCAAAAGCUGAAAAAUAUUGAGUCACGCCGAUUGCGUGAAAACAGGAGCUACAGUGACUUGACUGACAGAAAACUCAUUUUUAAUGUUCUAUGACACGUGGCAAUUGCUAAGUGAUUCACUUUUUAUAAGGCAGUCAUAGUAGACUUUGAGGGGGGAAUGUUUGACUUGUAAAUUAAUGGUAGGAUUAGAAAAAUGCAAAGUUGUAAAGCGUUACGUGCAAGAGUCAAUUACAAUGUAUCUAUUUUCUAAAUUCGUUGAAUUUUUUUUCCCCAUCAUAAAGUAUUUGAUAAACGUUGGUUCCUAAU